AUGGGAAGUGCACCCACUAUUUUUCACAGCCCAGCUCAAGGUGUGGAAAUUGACGGAGCGACAAUUACACCGGACACCAGAAUUCAGCAGAAACUGCUGCCAUUGACGUUUGGAACAACAGGAAAUUCUGUGCAGAUUCCUCCAGCAAUGGCACCUUCAGAGAAAAUUGGAAAUAAGGAUGAAGUAUCUACCAUGCAGAAGAAUCGAAGCUCGCAAAGGGGUAAGGCUUUGAACUAUUCCCCUCCUAUUAUACGAGAAGGUACAUUUAUUGUGCAAAUUGAGGCAGAAGACACAAGGGAACAUGAAAUUUACUGGAGUACAGUUCUGAUUGGUUAUGUUUUGGGUGAUAACCCUUAUGAGAAAUCAAUGGACAAUUAUGUGACUAAUGUUUGGAAUUUCGUAGAAAAUCCCCAAAUCCUUUAUCAUGAUGAAGGAUAUUAUAUUUUUAGAUUCCAAAACAUUGAGGAGAGGGAUCUGGUUUUACAAGCUGGGCCAUAUACUUACCACAAUAAACCACUCAUUCUACAGCAUUGGAGCAUGGAUUUUAAGUUUGACCCAGGGUGUGUGAGUGUUAUUCCUCUAUGGAUCAAAUUUCCUGGGCUUCCACUGGGUUUUUGGUCCAUAGAAGCUUUGAGCAAAUUGGCAAGUGUUGUUGGGAAACCUCUCUACACGGACAGAAUUACUACUAAAAUGGAGAAGGUAUCAUACGCAAGAGUACUUGUUGAAGCUGAUGUUUCACAUCCUCUACCUGAUAGUUUUGAAAUGAAAACUCCAAAGGGGGUAAUUCAACCAACAGAUUGA